GGAGCUUUUCCGCGGAGGAGGCGCUGGAAGGCUUCCCGAGGCUGAGCUUCCCCUCCUAGUUGCUGCUGCAGCCUUUGGGGUUGGUGCUGGCAGAUCUCCAGGCGAGAGGGGAGGGCAGCGGCCCAUUGGGGUUUGUGGGUCUGCAGGUUUGGCUUUUUCUACAAGCCAGCCUGACUCUGCAGGAAGUUGGCAGCAUAGAAAUUCAAUAACUAACCUGGCAGCGCAUUCACAAGGCCACCGAAAUGAGAGCCUCAAAAGAUGGCUCUGGUUUUGAGGUUGGUGGGUGCUGUGUCCAAAGGGCGGCUUGAUCUGCUGAGCCUUGUGCUAAGGAAGAGGAGUAGCGCAACAGGAGAAACUUGUUGAGUGAGCCAGCCGAGGCUGCCAGCGUGGAGGCUGAAUGGAAAAGUUGCAGAAGCAGCUGACAUCCCCGAGGAGCAUCGUCCUCUCGGCUCGGGGCUCGGGGCCCCCUGGAUCUCCCUCCAGCAUCAUGGCCAGGAUGGAUGACGAGGUCCUUGGCUACAAAGACUUGGCGGCCAUCCCCAGGGACAAGGCCAUCCUGGACAUCGAGCGCCCUGACCUGAUGAUCUAUGAGCCCCACUUCACCUACUCCCUCCUGGACCACGUGGAACGGCCAGGGAGCCGAGAGCCCUCGCUCUCGCCCACGUCUCUCUCUCCUCCCCCAUCGCCAGAAGUCAGCCAUGAGUGGGCAGAGGCCAAAUCCCCAGGAAGUGUUGGCAAGGCCUCCGGGCGCUGGGCCGGCAGCAGAAACCGCUCUGGACUCCAGCACUUCCAUCAUCCAGAGAGCAACACCACGGAGAUGAACAUCUACAAGAAGCCCCCCAUCUACAAGCAGAGGGAGGCUGGGCUGGCACCGACUCCCGAGAACAAGCGGCCGAUUGAGGGCCUGAUUAUUGAAUCCUCCAAAUUCCCCGCUGCUCAGCCGCCAGAUCCCAGCCAGCCAGCCAAGAUUGAGACGGACUACUGGCCCUGCCCGCCCUCCCUGGCAGUUGUAGAGACGGAGUGGCGGAGGCAAAAGGCGUCCAAGAGAGGGGAGGAGGAGGUGGAUGAAGAUGCGGAAGAAAUGCAAAGUCUCCGGGAGCUGCAGGAACAAGAGCUGAGCAAGGUGGCCUCCAAUCUGGGCAGACUCAUCCUGAAGGAGGAGAUGGAGAAAUCCCUCCCAAUCCGGAGGAAGACCCGCUCUCUUCCAGAUCGAACUCCCUUCCACGCCUCUUCGCAUGGAGGAAGCUCAAAAUCAGCACCACUUCAUGCCUCUGGGAGACACACGCUCGCCAGGCUGCAGUCGACCGAGUUUGGAACCGGCAGCAGUGAAAAAGGCAGUCCAGGUCUGCAGAAUGGCCAGAGAAGCCGCAUGGACAGAGGCAGCUCCCUCCCCAGCAUGCUGGAGCAAAAGAUUUAUCCGUAUGAGAUGCUGCUGGUGACCAACCGAGGGCGAGUCAAACUGCCCCCAGGAGUGGACCGGACGCGACUUGAGCGGCACCUGUCGCCCGAGGACUUCCAGCGGGUCUUUGAAAUGCCCCCGGAGGAGUUCUCCCGGCUGGCCCUGUGGAAGCGGAACGAGCUGAAGAAGAAGGCUUGUCUCUUCUGAGCCCCUCGCAGCCACCCUGCCCAGCGUGAGCUCCGCGUGUGUCGUGCAUCGCAGAGGCUUUAGGGCGCCUCUUCGGCAGGCGCCAAGGAACACUCCUCCCCCCAUCCCAGCCACGAGGAAGCCGUCGGCCUGUCAGGCAGGGGAAAAGGAGCCGCCUGGGAGUGUGUAGCCGCCCCCCCCCACCCCCGAGCAUGAGCCAGAACCCGGAGCAGUUGGAUGGGAAACGGGGGGGGGCCUCCCUUGCUUCCCUGGCACUUCAGAGGCAGUUGUCCCCGUGGCCAAACAGCCUUGCUUUGUGGAGCUGGCACCCCAAAACAGAGGCACCCCGAAAGGGCCAGUCUCCCUCCCAGCUGCCUUUGUUCUCCCCCCCCAGGCAGUUGGGACCUUCGAUUGUCCAGGCUUGCCCUCCUCUCUUCAGAGUCGGUGGACUGUUGGGCCUUCUUAGUGCAGAGUUGGUCUGGGUUUCCAGGUGGGGCUCUGGGCAGCCUGCCUGGACAGGUCAUUGUCCAGGCUGCAGCUGGCUUCUGGCUGUCCGGCCUCUGGAGGGGGGAGGAUGGUUCCCCCACAAAAAGGGGGAGAUGCGCGAGGCCCCAUGGCACUCUUUCUGCAUCCCCUUCCCCAGAAACGCCCCUCUUAAGAUCACCCUGCACCUUAACUGUUUCUGGGACAGUUUAAGUCAUUCCAGAGUGACUGGUCUGCGGCUGAACCUUCCCAAGCAGCUGUGUGUGCAGAGACCCCGUUGCCUCCAUCGCCCACCAAGCAAGCAGGCAUUCGAUUGAGUAGAGAUGGACACGGACAUACCGGCUGCUCUGAGCAGCAAGAGCUUGGUGACAGCGGGGCCUGGAGGAGAGCUGCACCGACCCCUGCUGGCUGGAGGGAGAGCAGUGAUGGGGGAUCUUCGUUCCAAUUACGCUGACGGGCACAAGGCUGAAACCACCUUCCUCACUGCAGGCAGCAAUCAGGCAACAGAAGCAACCUGCCCAAAGUUCACUUACCAAUAGGAACUCUGAGCAACUGAGAUUGGUGGGGGUGGGUGGGGCUCUCCAACUUCCACAGGAUGCCAUGCCCAGCAGAAAGGAGGCUGCCGCCUGAUGGCCUCUUGAGGAACCUGGCACUUUGGGACGGACGUGAAGGAAGCGGCAGCUCCCCCAAAAUGGCAAAUCCUGAGUGUCCCACCUGAAAUCCGGCUGCCUGAGAAUGAAGCUGUGCCAGAGACUGGUGGGAACUGCCUGGAACUCAGCUCACCACUUCCCUCUGCCCACCACGCCAUUCCCUCCUGUCAUUCCACUCUGUGCAAAUGUAGAGCGCUACUUAUGUGAAUGUUGUUAAAUAUGGGCCUCUUACCGUAGUUCAGUCCCAUUCACCUACUUUUGCUGAUGUUAAAAUCUGUGACAAUUUCCCCCUUUUUAAUUAAAUGUGAAGCAGCUUUAUUCAAAA